AUGAAGAAGAGUAUUAGUAAUAUAUUGGUUUCAAGUUUGGUUGCCUUUUCUCAUGAAUUUUCCAUUUCUGAUAAUAAUGGGAAUAUUGUAUUCCCUCACGUGCUGGACAUGGACGGCGAACCACUCAAGAUAAACGAGGAGUACUCCAUUCUGAGUGUUCUCCCGGGAGGUGGAAGCGUAUACUUAGCUGAUAUUGAUAACCUUACCGAAUGCCCAAAUGACGUUGUGAAGGACAGGUCUGGUGAUUUUGAUCACAGCACACCCGUGUUGUUUUAUACUAUGCAACUUGGAAGAGAUCAUUUCGUUUAUGAAAACCAAGAUGUUAGUAUAAUGUUCUCAACUUCUUCUUCAACUAAGUCAUGUUUUAACGAAACUGUUUGGAAAGCUGGUUAUUACUUUCUAGGGCCGGUGCAUCCACCACCUAGGUUUGUUAUAACUGGUGGUACCUUAGGAAUUCCAGGACCUAAUACCUUAAACAACUGGUUCAAAAUUGAGAAAUAUGAGACGGAGAGUCCUCAUUCUUACAAGUUAAGGUAUUGUCCUAGUCAAUAUAUGUGUCCAACAUGCCAAUUUGAUUGUGCAGAUGUCGGAUUGUACAAAGAUAUGGAAUACACCCGUCUGGCUCUCAAUAACAUGCCUUAUCCCUUUGGCUUUAGCAAAGUAAAGAAGAAUGAUGCAUAG